CUUCGCUGAGGAGCAGAGCGUAAGCCAACAAUACAUACAAGGGUAUUGGAAAAUGAUGAUUUUGAAUUGAAAGUGAAAGGAAAAGAACAGAAGAGGAACUGUAGGCUCUCUUUCUCUCACCUCUUCUCAUAAUUUCUCCUUCUACAAUCCCACCUUUGCUUUUUCAAUAUUUGUUUUUCAUAUCUGUGGUUAGCUGAGGGGAGAGCUGCAGAGGAAUAAUUAAUAAUUUGUAUGAUUGAUUGAUUUGCUUCUGUGUGUGUGUGAGAGAGAGAGAGAGAGGUAUGGGGAGUUGUGUGUCGCACCCGGAAGGGUGUGUCGGCAAGCGAUCAAGUUCUUCAAAGAAGUCUGCUCGCAAGCGAAGAAGAAUAAUCAAGAGGCGAAUUUCAUCUCGAAAGUCAAUCGAUUCAGUCAACACGGUGAUCGGCCAGCCCGAUCUAUGUUACAACAAUCCGUCUUUCCAAGCUGGCAGUACUGAGGAGGCAUGGUUUGAUUCUUUCACACUACUUGAAUCAGACUGUGAAGAUGAUUUCCACAGUGUUCAGGAUGAUACCUUGUCUCUGAAUGGCCUCGAAGUUGCAUCUGCAUCUAGUAUUACAUCAGUAAAAGAUGCUAAUCACGAACAUUUUAAUGGAAAUGUUUCUUGCAUCCCUUCACAAACUGGCAGUGAGGUGGCUAAAAAGGAAAACUCCCGAAUCGUACAUUCAAACAAUGCUGAUUCUCAAUUGAAAUCUGAUGGUCUUCUAAAUGAAGGAAAGCGUCCUGCAUCCAGUGAUGGAAUUUCUAGCAUCUCUGUUGAUGAGAUCACUGCUAGAGGGGAAGGAGGAAUGCUUGACCAUUGCGGAAUUCUACCAAAUACAUGCUUGCCUUGUCUUGCUUCUACUGUCUGUUCAGUUGAAAAGAGAAGAUCUCUGAGUCCUGGUCCACCAAGUACGAGGAGAAAGGCUUCCUUGAAACUUUCCUUCAAAUGGAGGGAAGGACAUGGCAAUCCCACAUUAUUAUCUUCAAAGAUGCUUCUGCAAAGACCAAUAGCAGGUUCCCAAGUUCCAUUUUGCCCAAUAGAUAAGAAAAUGUCUGAUUGUUGGUCUAACCUCGAACCUUGUACAUUCAAAGUUCGGGGAGAGAAUUAUUUUAGGGAUAAGAAGAAAGAAUUUGCUCCAAAUCAUGCUGCAUAUUGCCCAUUUGGCGUUGAUGUCUUCUUAUCUCCAAGAAAAAUUGAUCACAUUGCUCGGUUUGUGGACCUACCUUCUAUAAAUUCAUCUGGCAAAUUGCCUCCUAUCCUUGUUGUAAAUGUUCAGGUUCCAUUGUAUCCUGCCACACUCUUUCAAAGUGAAACGGAUGGAAAAGGGAUGAGCUUUGUUUUAUACUUCAGGCUUUUGGAGAAUUGCUCGAAAGAACUUCCACUCCAUUUUCAAGAAAAUAUCAGAAGGCUAAUUGAUGAUGAAGUAGAAAAGGUAAAAGGUUUCCCAGUGGAUACAAUUAUACCUUUCCGGGAAAGGCUAAAGAUCUUGGGGCGUGUGGUAAAUGUAGAGGAUCUUCAUCUAGGUGCAACUGAGAAAAAACUCAUGCAGGCUUACAAUGAAAAACCUGUUCUUUCUCGCCCUCAACAUGAAUUUUACCUGGGAGAAAAUUAUUUCGAGAUUGAUUUGGAUAUGCAUAGAUUCAGUUAUAUAUCCAGGAAAGGUUUUGAACAAUUCCAAGACAGAUUGAAGCUCUGCACCUUGGAUUUUGGCCUAACAAUUCAAGCAAACAAGGCGGAAGAGUUGCCUGAGCAGAUCCUAUGUUGUAUACGGUUGAACGAGAUUGACUACACAAAUUACCACCAACUAACGUUGAACCUAGAACCCCUUUGAUCUAAAAAAUUGCUUAAAUCCUGUAAUGUUUCAAGAGUAAAUAAAGAUCCGGGGAAGCUGGUUUUUACAGAAGCCUCUGAAGUAUAGCAUUUGCAGUUCUUCCGUUUCAGUUUACAUUGGAAAGAUAGCUGUCACAAUACUGGCGGUUCAACCAACUUCAAUUUGAUUACUGUCUGAGAAUUUCGGGACAAUAAUUGUUUUAUGGUAACUACUACAAGGGUCCCCUGAAUUUGCGGCUUCUGUAUUCAUAAAGAGGUUGAAAAUGCACAGAUGAUGUACAGGUCUCAAAAAAUGGGACAGAGAGAGAUAGAGGUUUGGGGGAUUAUGUUUCCAUGUCCAAUGCCCAGUUUGACAUGCCGUGAAUCCGUGAUUACUGAUGACGGAUGCGUUACUUAACCAUUAGUAGGCGAGCACUGCUAUCAUUUGAUUUUUCUACUUUCAGAAAUAAAGAAAAAACCAUUACAAGACAUGGACCCAAGCCAACUGAAGCUAGGCCCUAACACAACUUGUAAAACGUAGAUUUGAAUUUGAUUUGUUUAUAUUUUUUUAGUAUCAGUAAAUCUAAGUAAGUUCAGGACAGAUUUAUCAAGUUAAAUAUAAUUGGUGCUUUGUCUGUGUUCCGAA